AGGGAUUUGAUUGGUUCUGUCCAGCCUAACCCAGCCUCCCACACAGUUCCUGCAGUUGAAGGAAACAGGGGAUAAAUGUUUUUUCACAGGAGUGGGGAGAAGGUCUUAGAGAACCAGCAGCUCCUGAGAUAAGCAGGAUGCUGCGGCUAAGUGUGUCUGGGCUGGACCUGGGCUCUGUGGUGACCUCGUCAUGGCAUCUUCUGCUGCUUGGAGCGGCUUCCUGGAUUUUGGCCAGAAUCCUUGCCUGGACUUAUUCAUUCUGUGAGAACUGCUCCCGCCUCAGAUGUUUCCCUCAGCCUCCUAAAAAAAACUGGUUUUUGGGUCACUUGGGCAUGAUCCAGAGCAAUGAGGAAGGCAUGCAGCUGGUGACCAAAAUGGGCCAGACUUUCCAAGAUAUCCAUCUCUGUUGGCUGGGACCAGUGAUCCCUGUGCUGAGGAUUGUUGAUCCUGCAUUUGUUGCCCCCCUGCUCCAGGCCCCAGCUUUGGUGGCUCCAAAGGACACAACUUUUUUACGCUUCCUGAAGCCCUGGCUGGGGGAUGGGCUCUUCCUGAGUUCAGGUGACAAGUGGAGCCGCCAUCGUCGACUGCUGACACCUGCCUUCCAUUUUGACAUCCUGAAACCCUAUGUGAAGAUUUUUAACCAGAGUGUGAACAUCAUGCACGCCAAGUGGAAGCACCUAUCCUCGGAAGGCAGUGCACAUCUGGAAAUGUUUGAGCACAUCAGCCUCAUGACCUUGGACAGUCUGCAGAAAUGCCUCUUUGGCUUUGACAGCAACUGUCAGGAGUCUCCCAGUGAAUACAUUUCUGCCAUCUUGGAACUCAGUUCCCUCAUAAUAAAAAGGUCACAUAAGCUCUUCUUGUUCGUUGACUUCCUGUAUUACCACACUGCUGAUGGGCGGCGCUUCCGCAAGGCCUGUGACCUGGUGCACAACUUCACAGAUGCUGUCAUUAGGGAGAGACGGCACACUCUCUCCAGCCAAAACCUUGAUGAGUUCUUGAAGUCCAAGACUAAGUCUAAGACUCUGAACUUCAUUGACGUUCUCUUGUUGGCCAAGGAUGAACAUGGAAAGGAGCUGUCAGAUGAGGACAUCCGGGCAGAGGCUGACACCUUUAUGUUUGGAGGCCAUGACACCACAGCCAGUGCACUCUCCUGGAUCCUGUACAACCUGGCAAGGCACCCGGAAUACCAGGAGCGCUGCAGGCAGGAGGUGCAGGAGCUGCUGAGGGGCCGAGAGCCUGAGGAGAUUGAAUGGGACGACCUGGCCCAGCUGCCCUUCCUGACCAUGUGCAUCAAGGAAAGUCUGCGGCUGCAUCCCCCAGCCAUAGACCUCCUCCGCCGCUGCACCCAGGACAUUGUGCUACCUGAUGGCCGGGUCAUCCCUAAAGGGAACAUCUGUGUCAUCAGCAUCUUCGGUAUUCAUCACAAUCCAUCAGUCUGGCCAGACCCUGAGGUCUAUGACCCCUUCCGCUUUGACCCAGAAAACGCACAGAAGAGGUCUCCUCUGGCUUUUAUUCCCUUUUCUGCCGGGCCCAGGAACUGCAUAGGACAGACUUUCGCCAUGAGCGAGAUGAAGGUGGCACUGGCGCUGACUCUGCUGCGCUUCCGCAUCCUGCCGGAUGACAAGGAGCCGCGCCGGAAGCCAGAGAUAAUCCUUCGGGCAGAGGAUGGGUUGUGGCUGGGGGUGGAGCCUCUGAGCGUGGGUGCUCAGUGACCAGGUCUACUACUGUCCCAGUCUCUUUCCUCUGUCAAUCCCAGAAUAAGCGGAGUUUCACCCAGAGCCAUCAGAGGGCGCUGCAGGACAACACAGACUGUCUGGAAGCCUGGCUGAGAAGAGACUGGGGUUGCUGUCUGAGUCCCAGGGCCUUUCUGGGUAGCCCACAGGGCCUGCAGACUGAUAAGAGUUUCAUCCACUCAAGCUCAAGAACGGCCUUUAUUCUUUUGGCGAUAGGGAGGCACCAUAGAUGUUUGAGCAUGAGAGUUACAAGGUUUACUGGCAUGUAACCUCCCACAAGCCUGAAGCAGGCUGAGCCAGACCUUGACUUUGCUUCCACUAAGGAGAUUACCUAGGGUGGAUCCUUCCUCCCUAGAUUACCCUAUUUUUCAGCCAUUUUCCCUGUUCUUCUUCAAGAUACUGCAACGUGCUGAGAGGCCCCAGAGCUAUUCAGGAGACUAUGCCCUAUCCUGC